AGAUUCUGCAUGCCGCGCAGUACUUUCGCCAUCAGUGUCGCUUCGUGUUAGCUUCUAGAAUUUUUCUGAAAUUAUCACUGUUUUACGGUAAUUCAGUUAACUGUAGUCUACCCACAACAAUGGUGAAGCCAGCGUUAUCGGCAGGCGUCGAGGAAAAGACACACAUCUGCGUCCCAGGCCAGCGGCUAUGUGCCGUAACAGAGUAUACCGUGGGAGGCGAGGGAACCUAUGAGAAACUCGGUUACCUUCAUGCCAGUCUUUCCGGUGUUGUCAGGAUCCGAAAACGACGAAAGAAUAACUACAUAUCGGUAGCGUCGUUUGGCAGUAAAACAGUGGUACCGGUUGUAGGUGAUGUGGUCACAGCGAGGAUCACCGUCUUGAAUCAGCGUUUUGCCAAAUGUUCAAUCAUCUGCAUCGGAAAGACUUGCCUUAAUCGACCAUACAGAGGAAUUCUAAGAAAAGAGGAUGUUCGUGCGACAGAAAAGGAUCGAGUUGAAAUGUAUAAAUGCUUCCGACCCGGGGACGUUAUUCUGGCACGAGUGCUUCCGCUGGUGGAACUCAACACCUAUCACUUGACGACGGCAGAAAACGAACUCGGCGUAGCUGUUGCAAUGUCGACAAGAAGUCCUGAGCCGACGCCCAUGGUUCCGGUCGGCUGGACGGAGAUGCAGUGUCCCGUGACGCUGGUCAAAGAACCGCGCAAGGUGGCCAAAAUAGUACCGGAAACGGCACCGCCAAACUACGACGGGAAGUUGUAGUAUCGACACUUGAACGCCAUUGACGAUUUUAGUUUUGGUUUAAAUCUCUUCAGUUUUGCAUUACUUAGGAAUUACGAAGCCUUUUAAAUGAAGUUUUUUAAGUUAUGUACUCUAAUUAUGAAAUCAAAAUGACAAA